UGUAAAUUCUGUGUGGUUGUAAUGACGCUUCCCACAGCCUUAUUAUUCAGACCAGAUGAGGAAGUUCCUACCAGUUUUGGAAGCCCAAAAUUUCAAAGGAUUUCAAAACCAUCUUGGUUGAUUGAAGAAUCUGCGGGGUUUUGAAACGUAUAUGUCAAAUGUUGCCCUGUUAAAGCUGGAUGGUGAGGAUGGUGUUCAGUCCGCUGGAAUGACAGUGCCUCGUCGCACACCAGGGACUCCUGCUAGUUGAUUGGUCACCUGCAACUCUGCCUGUUAAACUGCACAUAAAGUGUCUUCCUCCAAUUCAUGUUUGUGUGAGCCAGUUCUGCAGAGGACUGUGUGAUAAAAAUCAACCACUCACAUGACGUUUUGCAGGAAAGCUCAUGUCACAUUUGCGAUUUCUGGAAGCUACUUGUAGCUAAACCUUUGUGUGCAUGCACUGAAAUUCUUGUUUCAUUCAGAAUUUUAGUUUAAAAAUAGUGUUUUAAAGCAAGCAAGUUAUUAGGCUACUUCAGAAACAUCACUUGUACAGAGGCUUUUGGGGUCACAGUGUUGUGCUCGACAAACACUUAUGUUAUUUGUUAAAAAUCAAAUGGAGACAGUGAUAUCUCAAUUAAAACUCCUAUGCAAAAUGGAAUAUUACUUAAUACAGGAAAUUUGAGAUGACUCGAAGUUCAUUUGUAAAUUUUUAGUUCCCAGAUGAAGCAAUGCAGAUUCUCAUCUAGUUGGAUAUUUUUUCAAUUCUAAUUUCAGCUGUAAUUUUUUCUUUGCAUAGUCCUGAAGGCCUAUUGUAUAUUGUUAUUACUACUGUGUAUGUUUUUUCUUUAACAUGUAAUUAGCAAUAAACCUUUUAACUAGUCAUAAAAAAUGUGUUCAUUAUGUACAAUAUUCCUUACUUAUUUUCAAGAGGAACAUAAAGCUGCUUCGUAUGGGUGCGUGUGUGGGGGUUAAUCUCAGGCUCUCCAGUGUCUUGCUUCCGGUGGGAAGACACUAAAAGCGCAUCUUAGAUACUUCGCCUCGUGCGCUCUUACCGUGCUGUUUCAUGCAGGCUAUAUAAACGUGGACAACCCGGUGAAAAAUAUUACGUCAUUACCAAGGUUGGAAUUGAAAUAAAAACGGAAUAUAGGCUGCCAGUCACAAGUGAAACGAAAUGGUUGUUCCAUUGAGAAUGGUUGCUCACGCUCACCCUCCUGUCCACUCAUAUUUAUCGACAUAAAUCCCAAUUAGUAUGAUUGUAUGAAAAUAAUUCAUUAAAUGUAAUGCAAGAUAGGCAUAACAUGUUAGGCCUACAAAUUUACUACUGCACAUAUCAUUCAUAAGUUUCAAACAUGUUGAAUUAAAAACAUAAUCUGGCUAAAAACGUCUCAUAUCCCUUUUUCUUGAAAGACAGACUUCUGUGUAAUGGUUAAUAUGCUGAUUAUGAUCUGAUUUUAAGCCUAUGCAUAUAAUAGCUUAACCACCACACAACUCAGUCAUGUUGAUCGUUUGUUUUCGUGAACGGACGAACGGUGCUUCGCUUUAAAUGUUGCUGCCGUAAGGAAUUGUGGGACGGCACUAUCUCCUUUCCUUUCGUAAAGGACGGUCCAGUGCGCCCUAUGCUAAAGGAGAUAAGAUAGGAAGCAUUGAAGCACCUUUCCUUAGCAUUUAGAGAAUUCGAACAGCUCUUAUCAUGGCUGCCACUUAGAUACUUCCGGGUCAUUACACUCAGUUAGGAACCUUUCUAAGCGAAAAAGACCAUUCGGACGCAGCCUAUGUUCGAGCCGAUUCAAAUGUUAAGCUCGACGGAAGUGACGACAAUAACAAACGACAACGUUACAGGGCGGGCUAUAUUCGCCUGAUUUACAUUCCUGGCUUCAUUAAAUAAUGCAUUUUGUAUACUUUUCUAUAUGUGACGAAUAUGCAAGGAAUGGACGCGAAUCUCAAAGGGCUGAAAGCAGACCGUCUGUGUUGGUAAAUAAAUACAUUGGCUGGGGACAGGAUCCUGUUGAGCUGCAGUGUUAGCAGUAGGACAAGCUUCAUUCUGAGCCAGGAAGCCUCACUGACGAUCAGAGGAGCUCUGUAAAUCUGAGGCACAGAGACCGUGGGAAUUACAGCACCAGUCAACACCCCAGACAUGUCUCUUCAGGCUGCAGCACACACCAUGGCUACAUACCAUCCUGCAUGAAAAGCCACUAGGACUAUGACAGCGUGCACUCUGGAUCAUUUUAAGAUGGAGUCUUUUAACUCAGCUGGAGAGCACUCUUUAUCCUCUUUGAAAUCAGUCAGAAUCACCGAUGGGAACAGCAGAAUCAGAUGGAGGAGCACUAAAAAUGAAAACAUUAACCUUCUCAACACUGCAGACUCACACUUUGAAACUUCUCUAAAGUCUGUCCAAACUAAAACUGAGACCGAUGAACCUGACCAUGUUAAUCAGGAGCAGAAUAUGCACACUACUGUUAAAACUAAGCCUGAGAAACAUAUUCAAAUUCAUUCACAAGAAAUCACCAGACACAAUGGAAAUCUUGGAAAUUCAACAAGAAACACACUGCAGACUGAAUUGGUGAGUGGUUUUGCUGAAUUUCAAAAUGAAACAGACAAGGAACUGAAUGACUGUAGUGCUCUUAGAAAGAGGUCAGGUCUGCAGAUUGAUGGAAUUUUGAGUGAGGGAUUAAACCCGAAGACUCGCUGUGAAAUUGACCUGGAUGAGAAACCUUUUAUCUGCAAAGACAGUGGGAAACAUUUACGAAGUUCUGAGGUCACAGAAAGACAGAAAGGCAUUCACACAGGAGAGAAGUCAUAUUCAUGCAGACUGUAUUCUUGCCCAGACUGUGGAAAGAUCUUCAGGAAAUCUGGAAAUCUCAAAAGACAUCAGCUGAUUCACCAGCGAACCCACCCAAAAGUAAACACAGGGCAGGAGCCAUAUUCCUGCUCAGACUGUGGAAAAAGUUUCUGCCAUUUGGGAAAUUUAAAACAGCAUCUGCUAACUCACACGGAUGAGUCAUACUCUUGCACAGUGUGUGGGAAAAUCUUCUUUCGCUUAGGGACCUUAGAACGACAUCAGUUGCUUCACACAGGUGAGAGACUAUAUACCUGCAGUGAGUGUGGGAAGAGCUUCACGCACUUGGGAAGCUUACACACUCACCAGAGAAUUCACAAAGGAGGAAAAACAUAUAUAUGUACAGAAUGUGGACAGAGGUUCUAUCGGUUAGGAAGUUUUAAAGAACAUCAGCGAAUUCACACAGUUGAGAAAGAAUACACCUGCAUUAUUUGUGGUGAUAGUUUUAAUCACUUGGGCCACUUUAAACAGCAUGAGCAAGUUCACACCAAAGAAACAUUACUCAUGCCCUGAAUUUAUCCUUGAUCUAUAGAUGCUUUUGGUGAAUUAUGUUCUAUUGAACGACAGAAUUGUAACUAGCCUAAUAAAUAGAACAUAUGGUGAAACAC